AUGGCCAUAAAGGUAAGCGUUUUUGAAUUUAUAAUAUAACUCGUAACUUGUAUAGAUGAAAAAAAAAUUCGUAUGAAAUGAAUUGUCAUUUUCUUCUAAAUAAAGUAAAAUCUUAAAUUUUGCGAAACGCAAUUUUCAAUUAACUAUUCAGAAUAUUCUAUCAUAAUAUUUUCGUGGACAUAAAAAUCGUUUUUAAUUUUACAUCAUCUUUAUACUUAUCUUACUAAUAAUAUUACUAUCGAGAAAAAAGCAAAUAAGCGAGUAACUAUGAGGUUUUAUUUUCUACAGUUUUAAUAGAACUAAAUUUUAAACGCAGUAACUGAGUGAAUUAUCGUUUGUCUUACACGUGAACUUUUUGUUUGGAGAGUCGGUAAAAACAUCACCUGAGAAAAAUCAUAGUAGAAAUUAUUUUUACCGAAAUAUUUUACCCUGGGAAAAUUUGGACUUAAAAUGUAUACACAUUUUUUUUUUUUUUACAUUGAAUUUUUCCAUCACGUCUACAAAGAAUAUUCUUAAAUCGUUAUUUUAUUUCACAGAUGAUCAUAUUCGCCGCGCUGUGUUGCCAGUUGGUGUUCGCCUACCCGCCGCACUACAGCAGUAACUACGAUCACCACAACUACGCCCACGAACCCACCCCGUACAACUUCCAGUACGACGUACACGAUCCGCACACCCAGGACAUCAAGAGCCAAUACGAAGUGAGCGACGGACACGGAAACGUCAAAGGCUCGUACAGCCUGGUGGAACCCGACGGUUCUACCCGAGUGGUCGAGUACACGGCCGACCACGAACACGGAUUCGUAGCCAAAGUGAAGAAAAUCGAACCGGCCUACCACCAUCACGACGAACACGCGUACCAUCACGAACCCGUGGUCCAUUCGUCUUACACCCCGUACUCUCAUGAAAAACAGUACUGA